CAGGGAAUCCCACUGCCUACUUUUGGGGGACUUUUUCCGUACCCGUACACUUACAUGGCGGCUGCAGCUGCUGCGGCCUCCGCCAUGCCAGUGACCAGUGCCACCACUGCCAGCUCACUCUCCCGGAACCCCUUCCUGAGCAGCGCUCGACCUCGCCCGCGGUUCAACCCCUACCAGAUCCCGGUGGCCAUCCCCCCCAGCACCAGCCUCCUAACCACCGGGUUGCCUGCCGGUUUGAACGCCGGUGCGGAAGCCUCCAAGCCUGGGAACAGUCGGGAAUCAAGUCCUCUUUCAGAUCUGCCCCUCCCGAAAGCCAGCACCCAGCGGGCGUCUCUCUCCCCCAAGCCAUCUUUGAAAGAGUCCAUGAACGAGUUGCAAAACAUUCAGAGACUGGUCAGCGGCUUGGAGACCCAAAGGGAAGUAUCCCCUAGUAGGAAUUCCCCCAAGUCGACGGUUCACGGAAGCAGCCAACCCCCUAGAGCUUAGGAGCGGCUGCGAAAGAGAUGUGUACAGCACACAGUAUAUAAAUAUUUAUUUUUUAAGAAAAAGAGGAGAGGAGAUUAAGAUGGGUCGGAGUCUAGAUGCAUCAGUAGCUUGGCAUCCUACGAGAGGCGCAAGCAGAGCCAAGGGCCAAGCAGAGGAGGCAGGGAAAGCAUUUAGGAAGGCUGUCGCUAACCAGGUUUUUGAACUCACGCUGUGAUCUCAACACACCACACCGAUAUCUUAUCUGUUUUCUGGCCCGGGAUUGAGCAGAAGAGGUCUGUUUUAAGCCAAAUGCAUCUCUAAAAUGGCCACCGGAGAGGAAGAUGGCGCCUUAGGUCACCUCCAACUCAUUUCGGCACUUUUCUUCCUCCGAGAAUUGAAUUUUGAAACGCGGACGAUCCCGUAGGACUUGGUCCUCCGAUGCUAGGAAAACGGGGAAGAGGAGAGCUUCUUGCCAAGCUCUAAAUGUUAGGAAAUUGGGUUCAUAUUAGCCAGAGGAGGUUGAGCGAUGUGUUCACAAGCGUUGCCCUUCUGCUCACCGACGCUGAAGGCCACCGAAAAGAAGAAGGAAAAAAAAAAAAGCAAAAUAAACAUGAACGUUCAUCUUUCUGCUUCCCAACUUUCAGAGUUGGCACAAUCCACGUGUGGCUUCGGAUCUUUCUCUUUUGGGACUUUCUCUCUGCGUAUCAGAAAAUUUAAAGUGAAAAAGAAAAAAAAAA